UUCAUGGUAUCAGAGCAAUUCAAUUCUGUGACCUAAUUUUUUUUUCAAACAGAGCCGCUGCCGCCGUUGUUACUAACCAACCGCCGCCGCCGCACGAGUCUUUCUAUCUAGUUUAUUACCGCCGCUGUUUGUCUCCGCCGCCGCACCAUGUCUAUUACUUCUCAAGAUACUUCCGCAACGGUGGUCGUUGCAUCCGCACCAUCUCCGUACCAACUCAGCUCUUCUGACAAUCCUGGUGCGUUGAUAUCCUUUGUUAUCUUACAAGAGGAUAAUUAUGCUGAGUGGGCUACGGAACUGCAGAACUCUCUCCAGGCAAAACACAAGCUUGGUUUUAUCGAUGGAUCCACUCCAAAACCGACUUCUGAACCCGAUCUCAGCAUGUGGCGUGCUGCAAAUUCCAUGAUCGUUGGAUGGAUCCGAACCUCUAUUGAUCCUAAGCUUUGUUCGACUGUCUCUUUCAUUGCCGAGGCUUCAAUCUUGUGGGAGAGUCUUCGGUCUCGGUUCUCUGUUGGUAAUGGGGUUCGCAAGCAAGUUCUCAAAGACGAGAUUGCAGAGUGCAAGCAAAACGGACAAUCGAUGUUGGAAUAUUAUGGCCGAUUGUCGAAGCUUUGGGAGGAGCUGCAACACUAUAAAACGGGUCGUGAGUGUACAUGUGCUGCUGCCCCGGAUAUUGCUAAGGAACGUGAAGAUGAUCUUGUUCACCAAUUCCUGUUCGGUCUUGAUCUUCCACGCUUCAGCAAUAUCCGUUCUACCAUCACUGGUGAAGAUCCCAAGCCCCCACUAACUCAAGUCUACUCUCGUGUGAUACGUGAAGAACAAAAUCUCAACGUUGCACGCUCCAAAGAAACAACUAAAACAGAGGCGAUUGGUUUUACGGUAAAAACAGAGGUUUCACCUCAAGCGGCUGUUGUCUCUGCUCCUCGCUUUCGUGAUCGUUCUACUCUUUCAUGUACUCACUGUCGUCGUCAAGGACACGAUGUCUCAGAAUGUUUUCAACUCCAUGGGUAUCCGGAGUGGUUCUUUGAACAAAAAGGUGGGCCUCGUUCCGACAACAGUCAACCCAAUAUUUCUGUUCAGCGUGGUGGUCGCCCAACAAGGGGUUCAGGACGAGGUCGCGGUCGUGUUAACACAGCACGUAUGGCGUCUUCUUCCGACAAUGGCAAUGAUCAAAUCACACAACUAAUCAACCUGCUCGCAGCUCAACGCUCCAAUACCUCCUCCGGAAAACUGUCUGGACUGUUUUUCGAGGACUUUGAUUGGAGCGGGUGAAGAGCGUGAGGGGGUGUACUAUUUUACGGGAGUGUUGGCGUCGCGGUCUCCCAAGUUGUCGGCUCAUCAUCUGUCAUCGAGUGCUUUGUGGCAUAGAAGGCUUGGUCAUCCUUCUCCUGGUGUUUUAGUUUCUUUAUCUGAGUGUGUUCCUUCUCCUAGCACUGCUGGAGAUAUCAAAAGUUGUGACAUUUG